AUGCAAAUAUAUAAUGACCCUCCCAACACCAAAAGGCGAAACAGGACCCGGAAAAACAGAUGCUUGAGUUGCAAACGGCUCAAGAUCAAGUGUAACGAGGUCAGACCCAAAUGUGAGUACUGUGAGCACACAAACCGAGAAUGCAUUUACGUAGACAAUUACCCUUCAGAUGAUAUUCAUGAUCCCAAUUCUUACGAAGCAGUAGUGUGGCACAAACAGCGCCCGCUCAACUCGCCACUGCGUCACAUCGGCAUAUCAAACUUUGAGUGUCGUCUACUAAAAUAUUUUCAUGAGGUGUACCUUGUUCCAGGCGAGAUGAAACAACCUCCACUAAGAAAUUUGUGGCAGGUGCAAGUGCCGCGUCUCUUUCACGAGUCGCCAUUGGUACGAAGCAGCAUCUUCUCGCUUUGCUCUUUGAACUUGUGGAAUCUCUUUGACCUUUCUAGUUGGAUUUAUGAAUCUUGUGAACAGUCCACUCUGAAGUAUAUGACUUUUUGCAACUUGCAAGAUCUUCAGAGUAUCCCCAAUGUUAGUGAGUUUCUUAGAGAGAAAACCAUAGACUACUACAGUGAGACACUCAGAGACACCUCUAAACUCAUACACGAACUUUCUACCGAGCAAAAAGUCUUGACUACUAUCAAUGAAGCUGCCGAAGUUGUCAUUUCUGGAAUCUUAUUGUUCUCCUUCUUUGCAUUGCAAACCCACCAGCUUCUACCUUUUGUUAGCCAUGACUCGUCUCAGCCAGAUUUGCUAUCGAUGUGUAGCGGCAUGAAAGAAUCAAUGGUCAAAGCAUUUCCAUUGCUUUACAACUCGCAAUUUUCUGCUUUGUUCUACAAAGAUGAGGUUUUGUCCCCUCCUCCCAAUCCUGGCUCGUAUCCCUUCGUUAAAUACUUGCUGGCCAAGCUAGAAGAGUACCAUAAUGAAGCCAUGGUGACUACUGCCCAAUAUGAAAAUUUGUUGCAGGCUCUUAAUAUGUUCAAAGUUUUAAUGUUCAGUUCCAUCGAACAAAACUUUCCACUUCCCCUCUACAAAUGGAUUUUUCUUGUCAAGAACGAUCUUUAUGAUUACGUGAAACGAGAACGACUCUUUUUUGCCAUAAAGUUGGUGUAUGCGUACACUUGUAUGAAUAUGAUUUGCAAGUUUUACUUAAAACGUACACCCAACAUUUGGAUGGAGUAUAUUGAGUGGUACAAAGAGUACAACUUUUUCAUGUUUGACGGCUGGACUGAUGAUUUUGAUAGCCGACUCUAUGAUAUUGUUGCUUCAGGAUACACCAUCCCAAACGAGGAAUACCAUCUCUUGGCUACUUUUUUUCCAUGA